AACCGCUAGCGGCGAAGAUGGCAGCUGCCAGGCAAGGAGUCCUGCAGCGCCGGGACCCGCCGGGGCGGCCUCCACAGGACGGUUACGGCGUCUACACGUUCCCGAACUCUUUUUUCCGUUACGAAGGGGAGUGGAGAGGAGGGAAGACCCACGGCCGCGGGAAGCUGCUGUUCAAGGACGGGAGUUACUACGAGGGCGAGUUUGCGGAUGGGGAGAUCGCGGGUGAAGGCUGCCGGCACUGGGCCGCGACAGGGAACACCUACUCCGGGCGCUUUGUCCUGGGAGAGCCGCAGGGCCACGGCGUCAUGACCUACGGAGCCGGGGGCUGCUACGAGGGGGCGAUGUCCCGCGGCAUGAGGGAAGGACACGGGUGCCUGGUGGACCAGGACGGGAACGUGUACCGAGGGUCUUUCCACAGCAACAAGCAGCAUGGCCGAGGGCACAUGGCCUUUCGGAACGGGGACACCUACGACGGCGACUGGGUCCGGGGCCAGCGCCAGGGCCACGGCGUGCUGCGCUGUGCGGACGGCUCCACCUACGAGGGGCAGUGGCACCACGGGGUCUUCAGUGGCCUGGGCAGCAUGGCCCACUGCUCCGGGGUGGUCUACCGCGGGAUAUGGAUCAACGGCCACCCGGUGGCGCGAGCCACGAGGAUCGCGAUCCUGGGCCCGGAGACGCUGCGUGUGGCCCCCGGGGCUCCCUUCACGGUGCGCGUCCAGCUGCAGCGGGAGGACGGGGCCGCGGCUGAGAGCGAGGACGGCCGGGUGCUGAGGGUCUCGGCGGGCGUCAGGUACGUGCAGCUCGCGGCCUGCUCGGACGUCUGCUUCUUCCGCGUGGACGGGGACAGGCGGGAGGCGCCCAUCCAGACCCCAUUUGGGUUCGAGUGCAUCGCAUACCCGCUGUCCAGCCCCUCGCCCGGCGGCCUGGAGCCCGGAGCCGCCCCGGAAAGUGCCGGAGACGAGGAGGCGGCGCUGACGUCAGACGCCUUGCGUGGCCAGGGGGACACGCCCAGCAGCCUGCCUGCAGGCGGACGCAGUGCCCGCUGCCCGGAGGACUGCCGGCGGGUGCAGCGCGGCCGCGCCGAGUUCCUGGACAUCCGCCUCGGGCCCCCACCGCCCGGGUACCACCCCGUCCCGUUCCUGGACGGCCUGCGUGAGAAGGCGAGCAGCGGGCCCGCGGGUGGCCUGGACCCCGGGACGGGGACACCCACCGUGCAGGACCCACCUGGAGGCAGCAGGCCAGACGAGGCGGCCGGGGCAGCGCCGGGGACAGCGCCAGGGACAGCGGCCUUCCCAGGAGAGUACGUCAUCAUGGUCCGGGACGUGACCGCCCCACCGUUCCUGGGCCGCUCGCUGCCCACCGCCUUCCAGCACCUUCGGGUCUCGGCGUCCGGGCCUGGCCCGCAGCCCCGCGCCCCCGGAGAAGGCCCCACAGCCCAGGACUAGGAGGGCCACCAGCCCCCGGGGACGGCGUCCCUGCAGGAGACCCCUCGUUCUCGGAAGGACGGAGGCUGCCUCCGCCUCACCAGGCGCCGCCCCCUCCCGCCUCCCUCCGCGGUGGGUCAGAUGGUGGGGCCGAGGAGCCCCCCGCGCACCCCGGGGCCACUGGCUCU